AGAUAGGGCAAAGGCGGCGUUCAAUGGUGAGUUUACAAUCGACUCCAACUCCGACCGAUCUAUUAAGAAAAAAAGCGAGUACUUUGAAAAAAAGUUGAAUAAGACUGAGCAAAAAAAUCCCUUUGCGCCUGAAAAAACAUUAAUAGAGCAGAGAGAAUUAGGGUUUAAGGGAAGGUUCAGUAAUGGAAGGCAACAGCUUGGAACAAACACUCCAAGAAGGGAACCUUUACAGGCAACUCAAUUGCCUUAUCGUUGCUCAUCUUCGCCACCACAAUCUCACCCAAGCUGCAACAGCAGUGGCUUCAGCAACAAUGACGCCUUUAGACGUUGAAGCCCCUCCUAAUAAGCUUCUUGAGCUUGUUGCCAAGGGUCUUGCAGUGGAGAAAGAUGAGACGUUACGAGGGGUUUCUUCUUCUACUUUGUUUGAUUUGGGGACAGCUUUGGCUUAUGGCUCGAUUCCGGAUCCUCGGGUUUCUUCUGUUGAUUUCAGCGCUUUGCAGGAUACAAAAGGCUCAUCAAAGAGCUUUUCAAAGCAUGAGACAAGGCAUCUUUCUGAACACAAGAACAUUGCCAGGUGUGCAAGGUUUAGUCCAGACGGGAGGUUUGUUGCUACUGGAAGUGCUGACAUGUCAAUUAAACUCUUUGAAAUAUCAAAAGUAAAGCAAAUGAUGCUGCCAGAUUCAAAGGAUGGUCCCGUGCGACCUGUCAUACGGACAUUUUAUGACCAUGUACAGCCAAUAAAUGAUUUGGAUUUCCAUCCUCAGAGUACUGUGCUGAUAUCUGGGGCAAAAGAUCACACAAUAAAGUUCUUUGAUUUUUCCAAAGCUACUGCAAAGAGAGGCUUCAGAGUUAUCCAGGAUACUCACAAUGUACGGUCUGUAGCUUUCCAUCCAUCUGGUGAUUUCCUUCUUGCAGGAACUGAUCAUCCAAUAGCACACUUGUAUGAUGUUAAUACGUUCCAAUGUUAUUUAUCUGCAAAUCCCCCGGAGAUUGGUGUUAAUGGAGCCAUAAAUCAGGUGAGGUAUUCUUCUACAGGUGGCAUGUAUGUUACUGCAUCUAAAGAUGGUGCUAUUCGGUUAUGGGAUGGAGUAAGUGCCAGUUGUGCGCGCUCCAUAGUUGGUGCCCAUGGAACAGCAGAGGCCACAAGUGCGUGUUUUACGAAGGAUCAAAGGUUUGUUCUAUCUUGUGGUAAGGAUUCUACCGUGAAGCUUUGGGAGAUAGGCACUGGAAGAUUGGUCAAACAAUAUCUUGGAGCUACACACACACAAUUAAGGUGCCAGGCUGUUUUUAAUGAUACUGAAGAGUUUGUGCUAUCCAUAGAUGAACCUAGCAAUGAGAUUGUUAUUUGGGAUGCUUUAACAGCAGAAAAAGUGGCAAAGUGGCCUUCCAACCACAUUGGUGCACCUCGUUGGAUUGAGCACUCACCAACAGAGGCUGCCUUCAUAUCUUGUGGGACUGACAGAUCUGUUCGGUUCUGGAAGGAAAUUCUCUGAGCUCAUGGAAUCAUCUGGAGAACUUAAGUGAGCUGAUUGGCAAAAAUAAAUGCAUCAUGGGUGUGUCUGGGUCGUCUCAAAAUUCUUUUGCAUAUUCAGAGUUUAGAUCCUGAGGCAAACGUUUGGAUUCACUGUACACAUCAUGACCCCUGAGCCACCUUUCUCCCUUCUCUUUUUUUCACCAAAUAAAGGAGAAACAAGCAUUGCACUCCCUAUUUAAUUUCAUUUGAUUUUAGUUGCUAAUUUUUAUUAGUGUUUUAGUUAUUGAUCGUUUUAGGAACACAUCCACUGGAAAAGGAAAUAAGUAAAUUGUAAGUUCAGGUGUUCUAGUUUGGCCGAAGCAAGAAAAAAAAAGGUGUUCUAGGGCCAAGGGAAGUUGGCCCCGGUUGUAAGCCUAUUUUACAGUUUGAUAAUGCCAGUAUCCAUUUGCUUAA